AUGGAAAAUGUUGCGGGCGGCCGAACUAGACACCCUACCGUCCACGUCCCAAUAAUUUGCGAGCUCUGGAAUGGGGAACAGGUUGUGCGGUGUAGGGGGCCAAGCCUCGUGACGGAGUUCAUCAUCCUCAACCCGGACAAAAAACUUGAAAGCCCCCCUGAAGUGGUAGUCCAGGAUCGGGAUGACGGGCUUGACGGGCUGGAGAAACAUCUUGAAGAUACCGGUCCAACUCACAAGACUUUUGUCAUACGAAGUACGCCUGAGUAUGUGCCAAGCAUUUCUUUAAAUAGCGAUAAGGGCUCCGGAAAAUGGGAGCUUUGGGUGUUUGCAGCCACCGGAUGCAUCCUCCAGCUCGGUGUUGUGACGUUCGGAGGGUUUCCAACGUACUAG